UCUUUCUAGAACUGCUAAAGGUCAUAGGAACUGGGCACCUGGUAGCUGCUGAGGAAGGGCAAAGCCUGACUUGCACUUGGACAGUUUGCCAAUCUGUUUGUGCUCUUUUCUCGGACCUUGAAAUAAACCUCUGACCAGUGCCUGGUCCAACAAGCCACUUCAGACCCAGCAAACAGAGAUUUCUGAUUUGCCCCUUAAGCAAGAGAUUCCCUGCUACUCAGCAUGGCUCAGGCCAACGCAUGCUUCAUGCUGAUCUCCUGCCUGAUGUUCCUGACUCUGAGCCAAGGCCAAGAGGUCCAAACAGAGUUGCCCCAAGCCCGGAUCAGCUGCCCAGAAGGCACCAAUGCCUAUGGAUCCUGCUGCUACUACUUUAAUGAAGACCUUGAGACCUGGGUUGAUGCAGAUCUCUACUGCCAGAACAUGAAUUCAGGCAACCUGGUGUCUGUGCUCACCCAGGCCGAGGGUGCCUUCGUGGCCUCCCUGAUUAAGGAAAGUAGCACUGACGUUGGCAGUGUCUGGAUUGGCCUCUAUGACCCCAAAAAGAACCGCCGCUGGCACUGGAGCAAUGGUUCCCUCGUCUCCUACAAAUCCUGGGUCACUGGAUCCCCAAGUAGUAACAGUCCUGGCUACUGUGCGAGCCUGACUUCAAGCUCAGGAUUCAAGGGAUGGAAGGAUGUGUCUUGUGAGGAAAAGCUUUCCUUUGUCUGCAAGUUCAAAAACUAGAAGCACUGGAAAAUGGUCCUGCAAUUUACUACAGAGUCAAAAAUUAAACUGGACCAUCUCGCCAACUCAGUUCAAACCCUCUCUUC